AUGAUCAACUACUCUAGAUCACCACGGGCUUCCCCGAUCGUGGUGAUCAUCAAGAAGAAUAGAGUGGAUAUCAGGUUGUGUAUCGAUUAUCGGCUGGUUAACAGCUUAACUCAGCUGAUGGUCUACCCAAUAUCCUUGAUGAACGACCUACUUGAAGAUCUGGAGUCGGCACUUUGGUACUGUUCUUUGGAUAUGGCGAGUGGAUUUUGGGUAGUGAAACUGACGGAUCGUGCUCGAUUGACCUCGGCAUUUGUCACUCCCUUUGAGUUAUUUGACUGGAAUCGGAUGUCUUUCGGCUUGAAGAAUGCGCCCCAGAUCUAUCAACGUAUGAUCGACAACGCGCUAUAUGGAUUCACCCGGAUCUCGAAGCCUGAAGAUCACGGAGGAACUUUGGAUGACGAGGAACCGGUGGAUCCAGGGAAGCCGUCGAUGCUUGGGCGUAGAUCAUAUGUCGACGACAUCCUGAUCCCAGCCAAUAACUGGGAUCAACUAUGUGACCGAGUCGAAGGUUUACUCGAAGCCUGUGAUAAGUGGAACCUGUCGGUCAGUGUGGUCAAGAGUUUCUGGGGAAUGUCUAAGGUGGAAUAUCUGGGUCAUAAGGUCUCCCAUAAUGAAUUGGAGACGAACCCGAAAGAUCUAUCGGCGUUGACGGAUCUAGCAUUCCCGGGAUCACUUCGAGCUAUGCAGACAUUUUUGGGGAGUCUGAAUUAUUACAGCCGAUUUAUUGAAGACUAUCCGAUUUAUGCGUCAACCUUGGAUCUGGAGGCGCAAGAUCUUACCAAAGUGGAUCCGCGUUGUAUCCACGCUUACCGGUCCUUCAGGAUGCAUAAGGCUAAGCUUGCUACUACUCCGACCUUACAUCACUUUGAUCGAGAUCGGAGAGCAACGGUCGUGGUGUACGCUCGUGAUUGGGCUAUCUCGGGAUCACUGAUGCAGGAAUACGACAAGAUCUACUAUCCCGUGAUGUUCGCGAGCCGUACUCUGAAAUCGAAUGAGCUGAAUUACGGAAUGGCGGAGAAGGAGGUACUAGUCCUCCUAAGGAUCCUGGAACUUAACUACAACGCACUGGUCGGACGUCCGAUCCAUGUGUUGACCCAACACUCUACGUUGGCGUGGCCCUUCAGAUCCACAGUCCUACAAGGACGUUUUGGACAGUGGGCUGCUCUAUUGUCGCCCUGGACGAUUGAGACCACCAAGUGUGUCAUAGGAGAGGACGAGAUCUUAGGGUCAUUGGCGGCCCGUAUUACCCCUAGAUCCGAAAUGGAUAAAGCAUUAAUCUCGAUUGCCCCCAAAAUGGAGCCAAGACGCAAGAUCCAAGCUCCGAUCCCCACUAUUAGACGCGAUGAGAGGCUAUACGUCGUUAGUUUCGAUGGAUCUGCUCGUGUCAAGAGAGGUGAAGGCGGCUAUAGCGCGAACUUGUAG